AUGGAGGCUGGCGCGGGAGGAUACUCGCCAGUUGGCGGCACGUGGCGGGAAGAUAGGAAAAAUGCAACGCUCUUGCCACCGAGAAAGCUUCCAGCUGAAUCUCGUUAUGCAGACCUCAUCACCGCCCGGCAGCGAACAUUAGGCAGUAUGGACUUGGCAGCGCAGGUGCGGCUACCAGCAGGAUGCAGUGAGGAAGAGUGGUUGGCAUUCAACACUGUGGAUUUGUUCAAUGAGUUGAACUUGCUGGUGGGCGCCAUUGCGGACCUCUGCACGGAGUCCACUUGCCCUGCAAUGACUGCAGGGAGUUUUGGAUGGCAGUGGGCCGACGGUGACAAAGUCAAGACGCCCGUGCAACUGUCAGCGCCAAAGUACAUGGAGAAGUUGUUGGUUUGGGUUGAGUCGCAGCUUGCAGAUGAGACCUUCCUGCCUGUACAGCCAGGACAGCCGUUCUUGCCAAACUUCAAGAAGGGGAUCAAGGUUAUCUACAAGCGCCUCUUCAGGAUCUAUGCUCAUGUGUUUCACUCCCACUUCAAGGCCAUGGUGGACAGCGAUGCAGAUGCGCACUUGAACCACUCCUUUAAGCACUUUGUUUACUUCGUCAAGGAGUUUGACCUCAUCGAGGAUUCUGAGCUGGAGCCUCUGAGGAGUGGCCGCGGCGGCAGCUGCGGCUUCUUCUUCAUGAAAAUACAGGGAACCUUGUGCUCGGGCGCGGCGAACCCGCCGCAGAGACCACAAGGAGAGGUGGGGGAGGAGUACGAUCAAGGUGAAGACGAGCACUUCAACAAGGAGCAAGCCUUCUCGAGCUCCAGCGCCGAGGCGGCCCGCCGCAAGAGUCGGGCCAAAGCGUGGCGCAAGCGCUUGGUGAAGGGCCUCAAGAAGCCGUGGCGGCGACAACAGCUUCAGCCCUCCUGGGAGACAGUUCGAACUGUGGAGCUGCAUGAAGAGGAGCGGAACCUCAUCGCGCAAAAGCAGGCACAGGGAUGCCUCCUGAAAUGGUGCUGGGCCCUGCAGAACUGGGUGCUGGCGGCCUUUGUGGGCGCACUUUGCUACGGCACUUACGUCAUCAUCGAGGUCUCUGUGAAUGCGCUGUCCUCCUUUCGCUUUGGCUUUUGCCAAGCUGAGCCUUUCAGGAGCGAGGAGCAUUGCCCCAAGGGCCAGUGGACCUCCUGGGGCACCAACCUGAUCGGCUUCGCCGCCUCUGUGGUGCUAGGCACUUGGAUGGCGGCCGCAUCGGCCUUCAUCGUGAGCCGCUUCGCCCCGGCGGCCAGCGGCUCCGGCAUCCCGGAGGUGAAAACCAUCCUGAACGGAUUUGUGCUUCCAGACGUGGUGACCUUCAGGACCUUGUUCAUCAAGGUGCCUUGCCUCAUCCUCGCGGUGGCCUCCGGGCUCUCGCUGGGGCAUGAGGGGCCUAUGGUGCAUGUGGCCGUUUGCUGGGCCAAUCUUCUGUCGCGCUUCUUCCCCCAGUUUCGGAACGAAGGAAAGAGGCAACAGCUUUUCUCUGCCGCGGUGGCGGCAGGAGUGAGCUCAGCCUUCGGCACCCCGGUGGGCGGGGUUCUCUUCAGCCUGGAGGAGGCGAGAGCUGGCUAUGGACCGAGUCGGCUGGCUAUGGACCUGGGCAGCUGA